GGAGCCGACAACUGUCAGUCUUAGCCGAACAAGCAACGAGUAAGGAUAUAAACGAAUUUCUAAAAACGAACUUUAAGAGAGUAUAACAAGGCGAUCAUAUAAAAUAAAAAAGAAAGAAGAAAAAGAAAAAGAAAAUUAUUAUUCUUUGUACGACAAAGAAGAAGUAAGAAGAAAUAUUUAAAAAAGAAAAUGUCUCUGCUACCACUUAUUUUCUCCGACUGGUGGGAGGAUUUGGAAAGACCACAUCAUCUGAUGGAUCAAAACUUUGGCUUGGGAUUGAAUCCUGAACAACUUUUGACUAUUCCAAACAGAAUGGAUAUUCUAAGACAAAGGGAAAGAUUUCCAAUGAGUUAUUAUCGUCCAUGGGCUGAAUUAAUUCGUCAAAAGGAUAGCGGUACCUCGACUGUUAACGCUGAUAAGGACAAGUUUCAGGUUGUCCUGGACGUUCAACAGUUUCAACCGAACGAACUCGACGUUAAGGUUACUGAUAAAUUUGUCGUUGUUACGGCUAAACACGAGGAGAAACGUGACGAACAUGGAUGGAUCUCAAGACAAUUUGUUCGUAAAUAUAUAAUCCCUGAACAGUGUGAUAUCGAUCAAGUUACAUCGAAAUUAUCUUCCGAUGGUGUACUGACGAUUAUUGCACCGAGAAAGGAAGUACCCAAAAUUGAGAACGAGAGAACGAUCAAGAUCGAACAUACUGGAAGACCUGCUAUGCAGACUAAAUCUCAGAAACAACCAGAAAAACAAGAACAAGAACAGCAACAACAACAAGAAACCAACGAGGAAGAAAAGAAAUAAGACGAAAAACGUUUCUUCUUU